UGUUCUUAAUCCCCCACUCCCGUAUAACAGCGCCUCCAUUCAACUCCACUCAGUACAUUCAAACGCGCAUCGAACAUCCACCAUGGCUCCCAUUGCCGUCGACGACACCCAGCCACUUCCCAUUGACCCUCGUAUUAAGGAUGUAGCUACGCCUCGGAAAGACACGUUGAAUCUACCGGCUCCAGCCCGCGAGAGGUUGACAAAGGCCGGCAUUGACCUGUCUCGAGGCUAUCCAUACCGCCCUGCCCGUCCACUUUAUCUUCAGGACGCCUUUGAGAUUCGCAACGAACCUUGGGUGCAUGACGAUGCCGGUGCCCGCGCCGCGAGAACCGAUCAAAGCAAGAGCUCGUUGCUGAAUGCCGCCACCAAAGUGACGCAUCUUACCGGCCACAUUGGUACGGAAAUCGAGGGCCUUCAACUCAAGGACUUGACCAACCAACAACGGGACGAGCUUGCGCUGUUGAUCGCUGAGAGAAGUGUCGUCUUUUUCCGAGACCAGGAUCUUACUCCUCAGCAACAAAAAGAGCUUGGUGAGCAUUACGGCAAAAUCGAGGUCCAUCCCCAGGUUCCACAGGUCCCCGGCGUUCCCGGAGUCACUGUAAUCUGGCCUGCUCUCCAAGCUACCGAAAAGGCUGCCAAUUUCCGCAACCCGGGCGGUGCUUCGAGAUGGCACACCGAUCUUGUUCAUGAAAAUCAGCCUGCGGGGGUCACGCACCUCCAUAAUGACACAAUUCCGACCAUCGGAGGUGAUACUCUGUGGGCUUCUGGAUACGCUGCUUACGAGAAGCUCUCUCCGGCCUUUAGAAAGAUGAUUGAUGGCAAAAAGGCCAUUUACAAGUCGGCACAUACUUACUUGGACAAGAACGAUCCAAACUCCGGCCCGAAACACAUUGAAAGGAUUCAUCCGAUCGUGCGCGUCCACCCGGCCACUGGCUGGCGGGCGUUGUGGGUGAACAGGGCCUUUACCAAGAAAAUCGUUGGACUUGACCAGGCCGAGUCAGAUGUCAUUCUCAACUAUCUCUUCGAUGUUUUCGAGAAGAACAUCGAUAUUCAGGUCAGAUUCCGUUGGACGCCCAGGACGAGUGCUUUGUGGGACAACAGGAUCACCAUACAUAAUGCUAGUUGGGAUUAUGAGGGCGGAGAACCUCGUCACGGGACGAGAGUGACCUCGUUGGCGGAAAAGCCUUAUUACGAUGAAAAUGCGCCUUCUCGCAGGCAGGCACUGGGCCUCGAAGAUCUUGAAUGAACAAAUCAUCAGAGACACUCAUGGAGAUAGGCACCCGUGUCGGUGCUUAGGCGGGCGACUGAUUGCAUAGCAAGCCGGCAGGGGCACGAAUAGGUGCAAGACCAACGUUCGAUUACAGAGGUCACGUGACCAAAUGUCUUCAUACUAUUCACUUUGCUGUCUUCUCUCAGCUAAUUACCCGCACAUUGCGCCUCGGUGUCCAUUCCAGAAGCAUUUGAUACGGC